UUUUCUGAGUCACCGAUGAACGCACCGAUUGGCCAGUCUCUCGUCAAUGGGGAGUGUACACAACGCAGAGGUCACCAGCAUGGCGCUGUCCAUGUUGAAUAAAUACUGUUAGGGCUCCGAGUUUAAUAAAUCGCUAUGAACCGGCAGGAAAUUUUUGGGUAAAAAUACGCUAAUCGCACCGAAUUAAUAUUAUUGCUAUAAAAAUAUGCCCGGUUCAAAUGUGUGGACUCGCAGCAGAGCGAGAAUGAGACUCUUCCCAGAGAUGUUUUCUCAAUGCUCAGCAGAGGCAGCUUUCUAUGGUAAAUGUGUGGCCGCCACAACCACUGGCAAACAGGAGCUGACCAAAAACAUGUGUGCUAAAGAAUUUGAAGCAUUAAAGAGCUGCUUUCAAUCUGCUAUGAAAAAGGCGGUGAAGUGAAGAACAUCACAGUGUUUGGGAUAUUAAUGGCAAACUAAAGAAAAAUGAUCUGUCAUAAUA